AUCCGGGAUACUUGCGCCAUGUGGAGGAAAAAUGGCGGCUAUCGUUGUCCCAUCCAAUUUAGUAAAGAAUUGGGAAAAAUCGGGGAAAGAUGAAGUGUAAGUCUGUUCAUUCCCUUUGAAAUGCCAUUUUAUAUUCAGUCUGUUUGAAUCUUUAAUAUUUUUUUGCAGGUUUCGUUUGUGCAAGAACUGCGUGCGAGGCAAAGAUGGAGAGCUUCUGGAACUAAACUUUCAAUGCGGAGAGAAUGGUACGUAGGUGAACUAAUCAAUUAUAUUUAAAUUCUUGUGAUGAUUUCUAAAUUGGUUGUCAUUUUUACUUUAGAUCUUAAACGCGUGAUCUAUGAAGUAUUUAACCAUGUUAUUCAAGGGGAUCUAAGACAGGAAGAUGCUAUACCGCUCCUGUCAGAUGUCACGGUGAGGAUCACAUUUAUUCUUUGAUUAUUCGUUCGAUUUGUUACUUCCAAUUCUGAGUUGAAUUUAUGCUCUAGCGUAUUUCGAUUAAACGUCCAGCUUUGGUUCAUAAGACUUUUGGAGGUCUACAACUUGUGUUUUCAUAAUUUUCCGAUCGCGCUUUUCUAAUUAAGUUCUGGUUAUGUUAGUUCCGUUCAAAACAAAAUAUCUGCGCAUCUUUGUAUCUCCUUAGAUUGAUUAGUUUCCCAGGAAACUGUACUUUUUUGUUUUGUGUCAGGGGCAGGUGAAACACUUUGUUUAUGACAGAGAUAUUUACCCUUUUCGCUUUAACUUCAGGGUGAAUAUUCUCCGUAAAUUUCUUAUGGCAUCGACAGGGAGAAUUUAGUUAAAAGCCAAGAGUUCCAUUAGUUGGCAAUUGUUUCUUUCAUUCUUGCGACCUUAAUGUUUGAUUAAGCAGGUAGUCUAUUUGGAUAUAUUAGAUGCUAGUCGCUCACAGGGGUUGAUGGAUUAAGUGGUGUCUGAGAAUUUUGAAAGCAGACAUUUUUCAUGCAUUAGCCCUUCACUAGAGCACAAAGGAGCCUGGUAAUCCUUUGAUUUACGUUUAACCCUCUAACUCCAAGAACUGAUUAACAUGUAAUUUCUCCUAAAAUAUCAAUACUUUAUCCAGCAAACAGGUAAUAAGAAUACCCAACCUUAUCAAAUAGAAGUUGUUACUCAAUCAAAUGUCAAUUCUCCAUACUAAUCUACAAGGAAAUGCACAGCAACAAUAGGGGAGAACUAAUGAUCAGAUCUUGAGGUUAAUGCUUUAAAUAACAGCUCUGGCAUAAUCAAGGUUUUGCCUUGGCUAUUGUUUUUAUUUAUAUUUUGGUUUUAUUUUUCAGGAAGUCCAUCCAGGAUGUUCAUCACUGCUAGCUGACCUGAUAUGUAUCUUGGGUACUCAAGCUCUAUCCAAUUAAUUGCUGUUGCUUUACGUUAAAAUUUGUUUAAUUAUUCUGUCCAAUGUCAUGUGCUGACUGCAGUGUUGUCAGGAGCACAGGUUUUCAUGAUUGUAUGUAUCCUAUGGUUCCUGGUGUAUUCACAAUCCUAUAGAUGUGGAGAGUCAGUGCACAGAGGACAAGCCCAGCAGGGAGAGGUUCUUGUCUCUGGUCGGAGCUUGCGUGGUAUGUUAAGAAGCCAAAAGGCAGUGAUGUUGCUCAAAGAAAUUAUUUUCGUUUUUCAAGAAAUUAUUUGCACUAGUAACAGGAGUGUCAAUUAGAGCCAGCAAGUAGAGAAAUUCUUGGUCUAUGUCCAGCAAAAUUGCUGCUUAUAUAUAAGGCCAUCCAAGGGGACAAAUUUGGGGGCUUCCCUCAGUACAUCAAGAAAUUGAGAUUGCACUAGCACAGUGAUUUCAAGUAAAGACUUAAAUACAAUUUAAUUUUUUUAAUAAAGGGGGUAAGGUUCUAAAGGAACUGACAGUGGUGCAUCAUUGGUGGGGUAGUAGAACACAAUUAUUGAUAAUCAUUAUUGAUAAUGUAAAUUAGCUAUUUUAAAGAGUUUCAAAGCUGAAGUCUUGAGCAUUAGCCUUUAGUCAGCUCUGAUGAGGGCUAACACUUGAAACAUAAGCUUUAGAAACUCUUUAUGGUGGCUAAUCUACAUUGUCAACUCAGUUGAUAAAACCAAAUCCUCUGAUUUUUUGUUGUGAUAAAUUACUACAUUGUUACAAAGAAACCAAGAAACUCUCAAAUAGUGGAAGACCUCUUUUUCCUUGGGAACAAUUCAAAAUAUUCUCGAUCAUUCCAAUGAUACCAAAGAAUAAAACAUAUGUAGAUAUAGUGAAUGUUAUUUGAACACAUCUAGAUGUUUUCUUUUUUUAAUCUACAUCACUGUCUGUAGGGAUUGGUUCCAGAAGUUCUGCUUAAGGAGAGGCUCGAAGUGGAGACAUUGGACUCACUAGGAAUCAUACAGUCAACAAAGGCUUUUAAUCAGAAAUAUGUCAGGACCAAGACUAAACUAUUGUAAGUAUAUGCUGAAAGGUCAACUUCUCAUCCUUAUAAAAUGUUUGAUUUUCAUGGUUAAGCAGUUAGUUUUUAAGAUAACAUACCAGUAGUUUUCAAUUGACAAGCAUAAUCCAACAAGCUUAAGUAUCCAUAAGCUUUACUUUUUAUUUGUCUUAAUGAAUGAUAUUUGAAACAUGGCUGUGCUCUCCCCUUUACUCGAUUUAUGUCUCAGCAAUCACUCACUGUUUAGCAGCUUUCUAAACUUGCAUCUGUCAGACAGGCUGAUAAAAGCCAACAGUAGUGUGAGUCAUGUGGUGUGUGUGCAUUACAGGUUUCACUGAGUAGCAAAAUGUUAUGUUUACUUUGUAAAUUGCUAAUUGCUAGAGAACAACCCUGCUGAGUGUUUUCUAGUUGACCAUUAUUGGUUCUUUUUAAGUAUAUGUUGUAUCUGAACUGAGGCUGGCAAUUAAGUGGAUAUCUGGUAGAUGCCCACUGAUUCUUUUUAGGCCUAAAAGGUGUCAGUGUACUCUGGUGGUUUGGUAUUUUUCAUGCAGAUUUCUUUACUUCUGUUGUUGUUAUUUUCAUUUCCUUAGCUAUAAGCAGCAGAAAUUUAAUCUUGUGAGGGAGGAGAGUGAGGGCUAUGCCAAACUGGUGACAGAACUGGGACAAGAAAUCAGUGGACAUGUCACCAGUGAGAGAGUUCUGGAGAACAUCAAGUCUCUAAUAG